GGGCCCGGCGCGCGUCCGCCCAGGACCCUCGGGCCGCCGGCCCAGCCAGGCGUGUGCGCAGCCUCCGCCACUCGCCCGGGGCCGCGGAGCCCCCGACUGGGGCGAGAUGCUGAGCGGCUCCGGCCUGGACAGAGCUCUUAAGAUGUCCCUGCCUCGAAGGUCGAGGAUCGGCUCGUCCGUAGGACCUGUUCGUCCUUCUUCGGGCUACAAGAAGGCAGAUGAUGAGAUGUCCCGGGCCACGUCUGUUGGAGACCAGCUGGAGGCACCAGCCCGCACCAUUUACCUCAACCAACCGCAUCUCAACAAAUUUCGUGACAACCAGAUCAGUACGGCCAAGUACAGCGUGUUGACAUUUCUACCUCGAUUCUUGUAUGAGCAGAUUAGAAGAGCUGCUAAUGCCUUCUUCCUCUUCAUUGCCUUAUUACAGCAAAUUCCAGAUGUAUCUCCAACAGGAAGAUAUACCACCCUGGUGCCAUUGAUCAUUAUUUUAACAAUUGCAGGCAUCAAAGAGAUUGUAGAAGAUUUUAAGCGACAUAAGGCAGACAAUGCAGUUAACAAAAAGAAAACGAUAGUGUUAAGAAAUGGUAUGUGGCAAACCAUUAUGUGGAAAGAGGUGACAGUGGGAGACAUUGUGAAGGUCGUCAAUGGGCAGUAUCUUCCUGCAGACACGAUCCUGCUAUCCUCAAGUGAACCUCAAGCAAUGUGUUAUGUUGAAACAGCUAAUCUAGAUGGGGAGACGAACCUUAAAAUACGCCAGGGUUUGACUCACACUGCUGAUAUGCAAACAAGGGAAGUGUUGAUGAAGUUAUCUGGAACUAUAGAGUGUGAAGGGCCAAACCGCCACCUCUAUGACUUCACUGGAAACUUAAACGUAGAUGGGAAAAGCCCUGUUGCCCUUGGGCCUGACCAGAUCUUAUUAAGAGGUACACAGCUUAGAAAUACUCAGUGGGUCUUUGGCAUAGUUGUUUACACUGGACACGACACCAAACUCAUGCAGAAUUCCACCAAAGCACCUCUGAAGAGAUCGAACGUUGAGAAAGUGACCAAUGUGCAGAUUCUGGUGUUGUUUGGCAUCCUUUUGGUCAUGGCCUUGGUGAGCUCGGCGGGGGCCCUGUAUUGGAAUGCGUCUCAAGGUGGAAAGAACUGGUACAUCAAGAAGAUGGAAACGAGCUCGGAUAAUUUUGGAUAUAACUUGUUGACUUUCAUCAUCUUGUACAAUAACCUUAUUCCCAUCAGUCUGCUGGUGACUCUUGAGGUUGUGAAAUAUACUCAAGCCCUUUUUAUAAACUGGGACACAGAUAUGUAUUAUCUUGGAAAUGACACUCCUGCAAUGGCCAGGACAUCAAACCUUAAUGAAGAGCUUGGUCAGGUAAAAUACCUCUUUUCUGACAAGACUGGAACUCUAACAUGCAACAUCAUGAACUUCAAGAAGUGCAGCAUUGCUGGAGUAACCUAUGGUCAUUUUCCGGAAUUGACAAGAGAGCCAUCCUCAGAUGAUUUCUGCCGAAUGCCUUGUCCCACGAGUGAUUCAUGCGACUUUGAUGAUCCCAGGCUCUUGAAGAACAUGGAGGAUCAUCAUCCCACAGCUCCUUGCAUACAGGAGUUCCUCACCCUCCUGGCCGUGUGCCACACCGUGGUUCCUGAGAAGGAUGGCGACAACAUCAUCUACCAGGCCUCCUCCCCAGAUGAAGCUGCUUUGGUGAAAGGAGCAAGAAAGCUGGGUUUCGUGUUCACAGCCAGGACGCCGUACUCGGUCAUCAUAGAAGCCAUGGGACAGGAACAGACAUUUGGAAUCCUUAAUGUCCUGGAAUUUUCUAGUGACAGAAAAAGAAUGUCUGUAAUUGUCCGAACUCCUUCAGGGCAACUCCGGCUCUAUUGUAAAGGGGCUGAUAAUGUCAUUUUUGAGAGACUUUCAAAAGAUUCAAAGUAUAUGGAGGAAACAUUAUGCCAUCUGGAAUAUUUUGCCACGGAAGGCUUGAGAACUCUCUGCGUGGCUUAUGCUGACCUCUCUGAGAGGGAUUAUGAAGAGUGGCUCAAAGUCUAUCAGGAAGCCAGCACCAUAUUGAAAGACAGAGCUCAGCGGUUGGAGGAGUGUUAUGAGAUCAUCGAGAAGAAUUUACUGUUACUCGGAGCCACAGCCAUAGAAGAUCGCCUUCAAGCCGGUGUUCCGGAAACCAUAGCAACGCUGUUGAAGGCAGAAAUUAAAAUAUGGGUGUUGACCGGAGACAAACAAGAAACUGCAAUUAAUAUAGGAUAUUCCUGCCGGUUGGUAUCACAGAACAUGGCCCUCAUCCUUUUGAAGGAGGAUUCUUUGGAUGCGACCCGGGCAGCCAUUACGCAGCACUGCACUGACCUUGGAAAUUUGUUGGGCAAGGAGAACGACGUGGCCCUCAUCAUCGAUGGCCACACCCUGAAGUACGCGCUGUCCUUUGAGGUCAGAAGAAGCUUCCUGGACUUGGCGCUCUCCUGUAAAGCUGUCAUCUGCUGCAGAGUGUCUCCUCUGCAGAAGUCAGAGAUAGUGGACGUGGUUAAGAAGCGGGUAAAGGCCAUCACCCUCGCCAUCGGGGACGGUGCCAACGACGUCGGGAUGAUCCAGACAGCCCACGUGGGCGUGGGAAUCAGCGGGAAUGAGGGCAUGCAGGCGACCAACAACUCGGAUUACGCCAUCGCACAGUUUUCCUACUUAGAGAAGCUUCUGCUGGUUCACGGUGCCUGGAGCUACAACCGGGUGACCAAGUGCAUAUUGUACUGCUUCUACAAGAAUGUGGUUCUCUACAUUAUCGAGCUUUGGUUCGCCUUUGUUAAUGGAUUUUCUGGGCAGAUUUUAUUUGAACGUUGGUGCAUCGGCUUGUACAAUGUGAUUUUCACCGCAUUGCCACCCUUCACUCUGGGGAUCUUCGAGAGGUCCUGCACUCAGGAGAGCAUGCUCAGGUUUCCACAGCUCUACAAAAUUACCCAGAAUGCUGAGGGCUUCAACACGAAGGUUUUCUGGGGUCACUGCAUCAACGCCUUGGUCCACUCCCUCAUCCUCUUCUGGUUUCCCAUGAAGGCGCUGGAGCAUGAUACUGUUUUAGCCAAUGGUCAUGCCACAGACUAUUUAUUUGUUGGAAAUAUUGUUUACACAUAUGUUGUUGUCACUGUUUGUCUGAAAGCUGGUUUGGAGACUACAGCUUGGACUAAAUUCAGUCACCUGGCUGUCUGGGGAAGCAUGCUGAUCUGGCUGGUGUUCUUUGGCGUCUACUCAACCAUCUGGCCCACCAUUCCUAUUGCUCCAGACAUGAAAGGACAGGCAGCCAUGGUUCUGAGCUCCGCACACUUCUGGUUGGGAUUAUUUCUGGUUCCUACUGCGUGUUUGAUCGAGGACGUGGCAUGGAGAGCGGCCAAGCACACCUGCAAAAAAACGUUGCUGGAGGAGGUGCAGGAGCUGGAAACUAAGUCCAGAGAGCUGGGAAAAGCCAUGCUUCGGGAUAGUAAUGGAAAGAGGAUGAAUGAGCGGGACCGCUUGUUAAAGAGGCUCAGCAGGAAGACGCCCCCCACUCUCUUCCGAGGAGGUUCCCUCCAGCAGAGUGUCCCACAUGGGUACGCCUUCUCUCAAGAAGAGCAUGGAGCUGUCAGUCAGGAAGAAAUCGUGCGUUCUUAUGACACCACCAAAAAGAAAUCGAGGCAGAAAUAAGACUCGAAAUCGAGGGGGAAAAAUGAGUCGAGUUUUCCUGACGGAUCCCAGAAAGAGAUGCGGUUUGUUGCACCCAGUGUUCACACAUCUUUGUCAGAAGAGACUGGUGUCAGCAGCCAAAAAACACCGGAAAACACAUUUCUGUGGCCUUAGCCAACCAGUUUGUUAGUUAUAUAUAUUCCCUCGCAAACCUGGAGUAUGUUCUGUGGGGAAGCCAUUUUUUUCCCUCCCAAUUGUCUGCAGUGCUUGGCCUAACUUUUGUUUACGUUGUUACGAAGCAUUCAACUAUAUGCUCUGUGAGGUGUGAAAUUAAAAACAUUAUGUUUCACCGAUAUUGAAACAUCAGUACUAGUUGUUCUGGGAGAAAAGGUAACAGAGGUUUAUGUUGCGUGAGAAACUCAUCUUGUGGAAGGGGAGCAGGGGCACGCUUACUUCCUGUUUUGUUAACUCACAGAUUAAGUCCGCCGGGCAGUAUGUAAACUUCACGUUAGACAGGUCGCUGGCUUGCUUUGAUUCCUAUUUUGUUUAUAUGAAGUUGGCAUAAACUUCUUGAUUGCAAUGAAAGCAUAAAAAUAUGUAUCUGGGUGGUAAAUCUGAGAACAUUUAUUUGAACCUCUUAGCCACAUUCGUAGUGGGGCAAAGCAGUCGGUGUUCUGGCAGAAUCUUCUGCACCUUCCCAGGUUCCUGCUGGCCCGGCCCCCCCACGGCUGUCCAGGACCCUCGUCCUCUGCAUGGCUGGCCACUGUGCUUUGCUGCUGGUGGGCAACCAUCUGAAUCCGCACUCUUCCUUGUUCUACCACAGAUCCAGCUAUGGACACGAGACAUCCCUUCUUCCGCCCUUUUCCUUCUCUAACUAAAGAAAAGAAGCAUAGCCCUUCCGCGUGUAUUCUAAACGUUUACCUGCCUCUUUGUGGCGACAGAGAAGCCUGGGUUCAGGAUGGUGGUGGAGACCCUGCUGCCCUCGUCAGGCUCUCCGUCCUCAUUCCCCAGCCUCCAGACCACCGGACCUUUGGCAUCCGCUUCAAUUAGAACCCAUGCUGGUCUUCUUGGGAGUGGCAUUUGGAUUUUCACUGCUGGGAAAUGAAUGAAUGUAUAGAGCAUGUCACCCCAGUGAAGGGACAUACCUGUCACUCUGUAGCUCUAGAACCAGAGAAAGUGAGCAAACCCAGUGGGAGAGUAAGGGACCCUGAGGGUGGUGAAGGAAGACCGCCCUCCCGGGGAGAGGAAAACAAGAAGCCAGGGCACAGACCCAGGGAGGAGGACGUACAGGGCGUUUUCUACCAAAUCUCAGUAGAAACUCUGAACUCAAGCCCUGAAGCCCAGACAAUCGUCCUGAUCGGACUAACGUGUCCGGUAGGUUAAACAAGAUGCCAAUCUGCUUUUUAAAUUGAAAACAAUUCCAAACAUUGCAAGGAAAUGCCCCUUUUUGCAUCGACAAGGUUUCCUUCCUUACCCAGUCAGUGUUAGAUGCAGGCACCACUCGCUCACUGUGGGAAGGGUUCUGCCUCCAAGUGGAGGAAGGGAAGUCACUGACUUUCCAAAGUGCAGAGUCCCUGUUCUAAAUUUGGACAGAAGCUGGAUACCCUCGGGCGUGAAUGUGAGUACCUGGAGCCCUUCAUAAACGACCGGCCCGGAGGCACGUUCUCUCUUCUCUGCUUUGGUUGCCAAACCAGAUAUUUGGAUAGUUUUAAUGCAAAUACUUCUGGGCAGCUGGUUACAAUGGCACAGUUCCUCUGGGAACGGCUGUGCUAAAUUCGGAAAUAAAACAAUAAUGCACUUUGCUUCCUAAUCCUUAAUUUUAGGAUCAUCUGCAGCUUACUGGACACUGACGUCCUUCAGAGGAUGAUUUGCAAUGACUAAGAAAACUAACCCCUCACCUAAAAGGUGCCCGGGAUCCAGAGAGGGCUUCAGGGGCAGCAGGACAAUACAAUUAACAGGUGAGGCUUAGAAAAUUGCCACUCCUUCCUCCUCAAAGUGAUGAAACACUUUAAAAUACUAGAGCACCCAGCAAGAUAAUCACUAAAGGACUAUCAUGCAGGAAUUACACACACACACACACACACACACACACACACACACACAAGCC